AUGUGUUGGGUGUCUUGGGAGAAGUUGUCGGUGCCUAAGAGUGCGGGGGGUCUUGGUUUCCGAGAGCUUGCUCAGUUUAAUGAUGCCAUGUUAGCAAAAAUUUCCUGGAGAAUCAUCAAAUCCCCUAAUUGCCUGCUCGCAAAGAUCUUACUCGGUAAGUACUGCCACAAAAGUCCUUUUCUGGAAGUAGAGCCGGUUCAACGUGCUUCUCAUGGUUGGCGUGGCAUCUUGGUUGGCCGGGAUUUACUACAGAAGGGUCUUGGAUGGGCUUUGGGUUCGGGAGUUAAGGUAGAGUUAUGGAGGGAAGCGUGGCUGUCAACGGAAAAGCCAUUGGCCCCGAUAGGCCCACCAACGAGAGAGACCCAGAACUGGUCUGUUAGCAGUUUGAUAGAUCCUAUUUCAAAAGAAUGGAAUGUCAAAGCUAUUCGAGAAACAUUACCUCAAUAUGAGGGUGCAAUCUGCAAACUCAUACCGAGUUUCUUUGAGCUGGAUGAUGAAAGAGUGUGGCUGUUAAAUGCCUCAGGAGUAUACACAACUAAAUCAGGUUAUGCUGUCGCUAAACUUUGCACAGGUAACAUAUCUGAUCAGAGCUUCAGCUGGAAAUCCUGCAUAUGGAACGUUAAAACCUCUCCCAAAAUCCAACACUUUCUCUGGAAAGCUAAUAGUAAGGCUCUACCGGUAGGAUCUUUGAUCGAAAGCAGAGGUAUAUCGGUCUCUCCCGAAUGUAAGCGAUGUGGAGCACGUGAGACAGAACUUCAUGUCUUACUGCAAUGUCCUUUUGCGGAAAGGGUCUGGGAACUGACUCCAUGCCUCCACAAGCCAACCAUUACAGGAAUUACCUCUGUGUCGGCCCUCCUCCAACACUGUUGCAAACUGAUAUCCCUACCACCGGUGGGAUUAGGCAGUACUCCAUUGUACCCUUGGCUUCUAUGGGUUUUGUGGACAAAUAGGAAUAAGCUGGUGUUUGAUAAUAAGUAUUAUUCAGAAGAAAGCACUGUGCUAAAGGCAAUACAAGAUGCUCGUGCGUGGCAGGCUGCUCAAGCUUGUCUCGCUAAGCCUAUAUUACCACAACGUGUGGUCCACUCUCCUGUUGUUCCCUGUUCUAACUCUUAUACAUGGUCUGUUUUUUCGGAUGCAGCGUGGAACUCAUCUACAGGUCAAUGCGGGCUGGGAUGGCGUCUCUGUGAUGCAACCGGCAGGUGCUCAGAAAACUCGUCCUCUCACCGUCGCGAUGUUCCCUCUGCUCUUGUGGCAGAGGCUUUGGCGGUUAAAGCUGCAGUGGAUGCAGCGGCUACUUCUUUCGUCAGAUGCUUAAAGGUGUUCUCUGACUCAAAGGCUCUCAUUCUCCUCUUGAAUUCUCAAGCUCAGGAUGUUGUCUUGAAGGGUGUUCUCCAUGAUAUCAGAGUCUUGGCUAGAUCCUUCGAAUCUAUCUCUUUUAAUUUUAUUCCCCGCUUAGAUAAUGUUGCUGCCGAUGCUUUAGCAAAGUCAGCUUUGUACUCUUUUCAUCACUCUGUUUCAGCUGUGUAA